AGGCAGGUCGGCUCUGGCGGCAGCAGAAGUGAGAGACAGACAGACAGAGAGCUGAGACAGAAUGCAGUACGGGUCUGUGGUCCUCAGUCUGCUGCUGCUGGCCGGCGUCAGCCAGGCUCAGUUCGGGGUGGGAGUAGGACUGGGAGCUGGCGUCGCCGCUCUUGGCGCUGCGGCCGUCGGCGGAGCGGCCCUCGGCGUGCUGGGCGCCGCCAUCGCCGGAAGGGGUAGGAGGGGGCGCGGCCGCUCGUUCCGCGGCAGGCGGUUCCGUGGCAGACGGUUCCGCGGCCGGCGGGCGGCGCUGGACCAGGCCGACGAUGUUGAGGAUGUCGAGGAGCAGAGCGUCAUCUGGGGCUCCGUGGCCGCCGCCGACCAGGACGGCUGCGCCCUCAAGCUCAUCUGCCUGCUGGAGGCCGCCGAAAAGGAGGCCAGCGACGACGAACGGACCGUGCUCACCUUCUUCGGCAACCUGACCGACACCGACAAGACUGUGGCGGCCUCGAAGCUUCCUUACGAGGCGGCCGGCUGGCUGGGUCAGCACCGCGGCGCCGAGGCCUGCGAGAUGCUCUACGGCGCCUCGUGUCCGUUCGGCAAGGACGAGAUGAUGCAGCUCGUCUCCAGCGUCUGGGAAGACAUGGACGAGGAGAAAGAGGUCGACAACACCGUCAACGCCUGAGCUGACAUUCAACCUGAAAACGUGUGUUCAUGGAUAUUUCCUCUGCGUUGUCAUCGGCUCUAAGUCACAGCUAAUAGAGGCGUGAAAAAACCUUUCUUAGUGAGACGUAGCCGCUUGCUCUAUGAUCAGAAACCAUGGAGUAUUUUAGAUAAUUCACCAAUAGCUGCGUGGAUUUCCAAACAUUAUUGAAGCUGCACUGCCUGCGUGGUCGAAUUCGUGUUGAUGACAAUACAAAAUGUGAUUGGA